GUUGAAGCCUUUGGAUGAAUGAAGACCGUCCGAUCGACUUGUUGAAGCCCGCUGUGUUUUAUAUUAUAGAUAUGAUCUUUGUCACUCGAUCUUUGAUGCCAAACUAGUGCAAUAAAUUUGAAAGAGUAUGCUUUACUUGAGUCAAGCUAAGGAAAAACAGGAAAAUAACGAAUGGGGUACGAUAAAAAGGAAAAAUUACAAUUCUCUUAAGGUGGUAAACUUAACAAAAGUCAGAUGAAAAUAAGAUAAUUGAAGAAUUAGUAAGUAUGAUGAAUUACGAUGAUUUAAUCUUAUGAUGAAUUAUUGCUGCCAAACAUAAAGAAUUAGUAAGUACUAAUAUUGGUCAAAACUUUAUAGAAUGAACUGUCAUAGGUGACACUGUUGAUAAAUUUUCUUCUUUUUCUAGAUUAUCUCUCCAAUUUAAGUUGAGGGAUUCUUGCAAAGCCAAAGCUGAACACCCCUCUCCUCAAUUCCUUCCCAAAAAAAAGGAGCAUCAUUGUUGUGAUGUGGCACUGAAUCCUAAACUUGAUACUAAGACCUUUUUAAUGGUUUAUAUUAGUUCAACUUUUUGCCUGUUGUUCUUGUAGAAGAACAUGCUCCUGGGACUUAUGAAAAAGCAAGAAUGCGGUUUGCUCAUGCAGAGACUCUGGUUCCUUUCUCAUGUUUGAUCGGCCUCUUUCUUGAAGGAUAUGAGUUUGAACUAAUACAAAGAGAACAACCCUUGCAAUUCCCUCCAAAGCCGCCCCAGAGAAGAAACGUGAGGGGCAGCGUCGUGGCACCUUUUGCUGGGAAUAGCAUGUUGGUUCUGUACAACUGUCCAGCUAACCAAUCUAAUCAAUACUUUGUUCGAGUGUUGCACAAUGAGCACCCCAUUCCGAUGGCGGGUUGCCAUAAUUCUGACUUCUGUCCAUUUGAAGUUUUCAAGGAAAGAAUAGCAGCACCUCAUUUAAAGCAUGACUACAGUACACUCUGCAAUGUAAAGUUGGAACCACCAGAGCACAAGCCUGUCACGACUUGA